AAGUACACUCACAUUUGCUUGCACUUCACUCUUACCAGAGCAAUGACAGAAGCAUCAAGAAGGUAUGCACUUGUAACAGGAGCUAAUAAGGGAAUUGGUUAUGGAAUAUGCAAGAAAUUGGCUUCAAGUGGUGUUAUGGUAGUUCUUACUGCUAGAAAUGAGAAAAGAGGUUUAGAUGCUGUAGAAAGUUUGAAAGAGUUAGGUCUUUCUGACUUUGUGGUUUUUCAUCAACUUGAUGUCACUGACCCUAUAAGUGUUUCUUCUUUAGUUGAGUUCAUCAAAAUCCAAUUUGGGAAGCUUGAUAUCUUGGUGAACAAUGCUGGUGUUGCUGGAGGAAUAGUGAAUGGAGAGAAUGUUGUUAAAAUGGUAAGGGGUGAAAUAUCUGAUUGGAAUUUAGCACUGCGUCAAACUUAUGAAUUAGCCGAAGAAUGUGUUGAAAUAAACUUCUUUGGUGCUGAAAGAGUAACUGAAGCUCUUAUUCCCCUGCUCCAGUUAUCUACUUCACCCAGAAUUGUCAAUGUCUCCUCUAGACGUGGAAAAUUUAAGUUUAUGCCAAAUGAGUGGGUAAGAGGAGUAUUUGAUGACAUCAAAAACGUUACAAAUGAAAAACUUGGUGAAGUGCUUAGAGAGUUUCUGAAAGAUUACAAAGAAGGAGCAUUGGAAACAAAAAAUUGGCCAACGUUUGUUUCUGGUUACACAAUGGCAAAAGCAGCUUUAAAUUCUUACACAAGGUUGCUAGCUUUGAAGCUCCCUCGUUUCCGCAUAAAUUGUUUAUGCCCUGACUUUGUUAAGACUGAUAUUAAUGAGAUGAAAGGGUUUUUAAGCAUUGAUGAAGGCGCUGAAUGUCCUGUUAACCUAGCAUUGUUGCCAGAUGAUGGCCCUUCUGGUCAAUUUUUUUUACAUGAUGAAGUUAUUUCAUAUUAAUAAUCCAUCAACUUUGUCCCUAAAUCAACACUCUCUCUCCAAUUUUAUCCUUAAAGUAUAUACAUAUAAUGUAACAAUCAAUACUUAAAGUAUAUGAAGUUCGUCAAUUUAGUCUUUAAUAUUAAGAUGUUAAGGACUAAAUCCACUUGGAUUGGUGAUGGUAUUGGCGAGAUUUAGAAAUGUGCUCCUCCUUGAGGUCUCGGUUCAAUUCUCUUCAAUACCAAUUAAGGUGGAUUAAUUUAGUUUUUUCAAAAAAAUAUGUUAAAGACUAACAUGAUGAAUUUUCAAAUACUUUAGGUCAAAAUAAACUAUUUCAUACGUACUACUACUUAUUAUUUUUAUAUAUUUAAGGACUAAAUUGGAGAUAGAAUAUUAAUUUAGGGACAAUGAUUUCUUUUGGAUUCAUAUGACUGCCCUGCUUGUGGCCUAUUAUAUGUGUUGUUUAUGAUACUAGCAAAGUUUCUGAAUGUGACUGUAUUAAAUAGUAA